GUGAUUUUUGAUGCCUUUUCAAAAGAAAAUCGUAUAUUCAAUAAUAUUCAACAAGUGCCCAUGAAAUAUACAAUAUUAUUUAUUAAUUCAGGUUAUAAUUAAUGUCAAUACUACAACCUUACAAAUGGAAUCUGUUGAAGCGGAUUCAAAUGGUUUAUUAAAAGAUGAAGAUUUAUGCUCUGUAGAAAUUAAAGCAGAAGAUGGGGAAGCAAACACGUGUCAAAUUUGUUUUAAAACCUUUAUGAAAAAGAAGGCCUUAUUCUCGCACUUAAAAGUCCACAAGGGUUCUCUACGGGGCCCGAAAAAAUUCACCUGCGAAGUCUGCUCAAAGGAAUUCAAAAAAUUCUGCGACCUUGAGCGCCACAAUCGUGUACACACUGGCGAGAAGCCGAGCGAGUGCCUAAUUUGCCACAAACGCUUUCAGCAAAACCACAAUUUGAACAAACACAUGCUCUUGCAUGUCGAGGUGAAACAUUUUGAGUGCCAAACGUGCGGCAAGCAGUUUCACAGAAAAGAUAACUUAAAUAGGCAUUCAUUGGUUCAUUCCAAUGAAAAACCCUAUUAUUGCCCACUAUGUGAGAAGGGUUUUAUCCGACAACCUCAAUUGGAGCAACACAUGAAGAAAAAACACAUUGAAGAUGAAAAAGAAGAAGAAGAAGAACCUAGAGCAUGCGAAGUAUGUUUAAAAACAUUCGGCAACUCGAGGGCUUUGCUCUCUCACAAAAAGUGUCACAAGGACUACUCGGUGAAUCCCAGAAACGCGUGCGACGUUUGCUCGAAGGAGUUCAAGAAGACUAGCGACCUGACGCGCCACAUGCUGGUCCACACCGGCGAAAAAGCGAACGAGUGCGCGGUUUGCGCGAAAAAGUUCAAGCACAAGCACAACUUGACCACUCACAUGAGGACUCACGUGGGGGACAAGUUGUACGAGUGCGACGAGUGCGGGAAGAAAAUGUUGAGGAAGGACGUUUUGAUGAGGCACAAGUUGACCCAUGCGCAAGAGAAGCCGUUUUCUUGCUUGGUGUGCAAUAAGGGGUUCAUAAGGCAAAAUCAGGUCGAGAUUCAUAUGAAGAAGAAACACACCCGCGGGGUAAAAUAGCCGCCCCAGUUUUGUUAUCUAAAACAUUUAAGUUACAUCAGAGUUUAAAAUUUUUAUAUAUAUUGUUUCUAUAGUUAUACAGAAUCAA